CUGUCCUCCACCCCCAACGCAACGAGUGUCCAAUCAGAGAGCACGUUAACUUGUUGUCGUACGUGAGCUGAGCGGAAGUGAACGACCGACCGGGAAGGCUAAUCCGCUUGCUACCAACACAACAAGAUGGAGGUGGAGCAGCUCCUGUCUCUGUCCGGCUCGGCGCUGGCCCAGGCUGUCAGCUCUCUGCUGGAGACCCCCGGCCUCUACGUGUUCUCCGACAUCCUUGAGCUGCCUAACGUCAGAGAGAUGGAGAAUGGCCCUCACGCCCCGAUGUACCAGCUCCUCAAUCUCUUCGCCUACGGAACCUACUGCGACUACAAAGCUCGAGCGGCGUCCCUCCCAGAGCUGACGCCGGCGCAGCGGAACAAACUACGCCAUCUGUCCAUCAUCAGCUUGGCCUCCAACCUCAAGUGCCUGCCGUACUCGUUGCUCCUGCAGCAGCUGGAGCUGAAGAACGUACGCGAGCUGGAGGACCUGCUGAUCGAGGCGGUGUACUGCGACAUCAUCCAGGGCAAAUUGGACCAGCGCAACCAGCAGGUGGAGGUGGACUGCAGCGUGGGCCGCGACCUGGGCCCCAACGAGCUGCCCAACAUCGUCAACACACUGCAGGAGUGGUGCGCGGGCUGCGAGGCGGUGCUGUGUGGCAUCGAAGAGCAAGUCUCCCGAGCGAAUCAAUACCGCGAGAGUCAGCUGAAGGUCAAAGUUCAAGUGGAAACAGAGGUGUCAAACCUGCAGAAAACCUUAAAGGCCAGUGCGGCGUCGCCGUCAUCCGGUCCCGCCCCCGCCGGCGCAGCCUCCAAUCAGGACGCCGACCAGCCGGCCGAACCGCGGGACCCCGCCUCCUCGCAGGAACCGCGACAGCCGGGAAAAAAAAGUUCCAAAGUCAAAGGGCUGCGAGGCAGCGGCAAGAUCUGGUCCAAGUCCAACUGAAGAAGUGACAAACCGCACCACUGAUCCGCACUCUCACGGGACUCGUGAGACAAAAAUGGAAGCGUUCAAAGUGAUGGGCUCCGAGUGGGGUGCCAUCACGCCUCCCCGCCGCCACCCCCACUCUGACAGGAAGCUUCACGGGAACGUUUAAAUUUUUUUUUUUUUUUUUAGUCACUCACUUAAUCUCACCUUGACGGAUUUUGUGCCCGUCGCGGCGUCCCCUCUCCUGCCGUUUUGAAGAGAGUGAACAAGACUGGACAGCCCGUCGCCUCAGCCCAUGCGCAGGAGUUUUUCUGAUACGUUUUGUCAUGUGCGUGUGCUCUCAACGUGCUGCUGCCUUUGGCUUCGACUCCUUUUUGUCAUCUCCUCCCAUCCCUCCUGAGUUGAGAAUUGUAUAAAUUGUUGGGAAAUUAAAAAAAAA